AUGAGCAGCGAUCAUCAAGAUACUAGUGGCUUCCAGCCACCCAACACCGUCGAAGAAUUCCACCGCCAACCACCUUCAUCCACCACCGGAGACAACCUCCCUGAUUCCACCACACUACGUCUUCCCCAUACUGCAUCUCCAUUGACACCUUCGAUUGAAACUAACGAAUCAGAAUCACCCAUAUCCGCCUCUCUUGGUGGUGCAAUCUUUACCACUCCGUCAACUUCUUUCGACGCCACCGAUUCAUCCGACAAUCAAGAUCCGCCAACAAUCACCACAACACCUCCCAAAGUCUCGGAGCCACCAACAAGAAACAGCCUACUUCGCCGGUCACAUUUCCAUCAACAGCUUCCUCACCGUAAAAACAAGACGCCGCCGCCUGGAGUCUCUUCCUCACCCCCAAAAUCAAGAACUUCGCCACCAGGGUCUUCCACCACCCGUAAGCAUAUUCUAGAAUCAAAGUUGAGAAAAAUGGGAGAUAAAGUUUGUGAGAUUAAAGAAAGAUUUUGCGACGUUAUCCGUCAAUCUCAAGAACAUGCAGAAAACGACAACCCUCCACAAGCAAUGGUGGAGAACCCUCACAAUGGUUGUUUCAGAUUGGAGUUGAGUUGCUCAUGUGGGAAGCGUAAAGGAAUUUGUAGGGAUGUUUCCUUCUUCCUCAAUAUCGUACUAAUGUUGUGUUUCUUUUUCAUGAUAGGAAUAUCAUAUAGCUUUCUUCUAGUUUUGUCAAAGAUUUUCCCAUAG